AUGAAAACGGUUGCGUUCCUGAUGCUGCUGACGGCCGGGAUUCCUACGUCAGCGGUCAGCAGGAGCUCCUUCUUCCUCCGCCACACCGAGAACCACCGCUGUGGCUCCCCGCUCGCUGUGGCUCAGGUCUCCUCGCUGACGGGCUGUGCUGCUCUGUGCAACCAAGAUUCCGCUUGCGUCGGCUUCAGUCUGGAGGUUCCCGGAUCAAGGCGGCGCUCCUGCGAGAUGGCGACGACCGCCUCGUCCUGCUCCCCCGACCCGGCCUUCAGCUUCUACCUGACCGCGGAGCUCUUUGACUCCACGGCGACGACCUCGACGACGCUUGCGGCAACUCUCCCAGCGACGCCUGUGGUAACAUCGACAACACCUGCGGCAACAACUUCAAUAACGCCUGCGGCAACAACUUCAACAGCGCCUGCGGUAACAACUUCAACAACGCCUGUGGCAACCUCUACAACACCUGCGGCAACAACUUCAACAACACCUGCGGUCACAACUUCAACCACGCUUUUGACAACCUCUACAACACCUGCGACUUCAACUACGCCUGUGACAACCUCUACAACACCUGCGGCAACAACUUCAACCACACCUGCGGCAACAACUUCAACCACACCUGCGGCAACAACUUCAACACACCUGCGCAACCACACCUGCGGCAACAACUUCAACACCUGCGGCAACAACUUCAACUACGCCUGUGACAACAACUUCAACUACGCCUGUGACAACCUCUACAACACCUGCGGCAACAACUUCAACUACGCCUGUGACAACCUCUACAACACCUGCGGCAACAAACUUCAACACACCUGCGGCAACAACUUCAACUACGCCUGUGACAACCUCUACAACACCUGCGGCAACAACUUCAACACACCUGCGGCAACAACUUCAACUACGCCUGUGACAACCUCUACAACACCUGCGGCAACAACUCAACCACACCUGCAACAACUCAACUACGCCUGUGACAACCUCUACAACACCUGCGGCAACAACUUCAACACACCUGCGGCAACAACUUCAACAACCUGCGGCAACAACUUCAACUACGCCUGUGACAACCUCUACAACACCUGCGGCAACAACUUCAACCACACCUGCGGCAACAACUUCAACACGCCUGUGACAACCUCUCAACACCUGCGGCAACAACUUCAACCACACCUGCGGCAACAACUUCAACUACGCCUGUGA